AUGCCCCCAAAGAGCUCGUCCUCCGCAGACCAGGCUCUACAUGAGUCGACGAUGUCCGCCAUGAAUGUCUCUUUCUCCGCUGGCUUUGAUGACGGGUCUGCAUGGGGCGCACCUCCGCCUUCCUCUGGUGAUAUCGUAGGCAACGCUAUUAAGAAGGAGAAGGUCAUAAAGGAGAUUACCACUGCUCAAGAGGAUUUGCGCGCUAUGAUGGCCAAAGCCAAGGCCGUGCAGGCUGACAUCGACAAGCUCGUUUCAGGGAACGACACGCUCCAAAUGUACAUAGACAAUCUCACCAUGCAAAUGGCCAAGCGUCGUUGA